AUGACGAAGGAUUGGGUCCAGGAUAUUGAGGAACUUCUAGUUGUUCUACAUUGCACCGAUGAGCAGAGGGUGCAAUACACUACUUUCAAGUUGAUUGGGGAGGGUAAGCGGUGGUGGAGAGCAGUGAAGUUGGUGGAGGAUCAAAGGUCGGGACCUUCAGUUACUACCUGGAGCUAUUUCAGGGAGAUUUUCUCUGACAGAUAUUUCCCCGCUUCCACUAAGGAAGCUAAGUCGAAGGAGUUCCUAAAUUUGACUCAGUGGCACUUGACCGUACAACAAUACAGGACCAAGUUUGUGGAGCUAUCUCGUUUCACCCCCUACAUGGUCUCAGACGAGCCUAGAAAGGCCUGGAGGUUUGAGAGAAGACUGAGACAGAGCAUAUAUAAGCAAGUUGUGGUGUUUCAGGUCCAGAGUUCCUUAGAGCUAGUUAAUAAGGCCACAAUAUUGGAGACCAGUCUGCAGAAGAGUGCGGAGAUAGCGACUUAG